AUGGCCCCUCAGGAUAAAGCGGCCGCUGGUCCAGCUGGAGCGAAUGGAGCCGUCAAGAAAAAGCGCGUCGUUACCACUGCUGCAGACAGAGAAAGACUCAAGCUCAGGGCCGAGGACGUCAGAUGGAACGCAGCAAGAACCCCCGAAGCAAAAGCCUGGAUAAAUUCUACCAGAUUGUUGAAGGAGUUCCUCACCAACGGAGAAGAUGUCUUGGCUCUCAAAGCUGGUCCAGCAACAAGACGUGACCUUUGGGCCAAGGCCGAUGCCAUGGGUUUGCACGUUGAAAUGUUCGAUACGCAAGUACGCAAGGACGGGCCACCUGAGAGCUGGAUUGUACUCGGUCGAGUUGCUUCGAGGAUGGCGGUUGCUGGCAAGGUUCGAGACAUCCAGCGUCAAGCCAAGAGGCAGCUUCAGGAGGCCGAGGAGGAGGCUGAAAACCAAGCCGAAGCUGACGCUGGAGCCGACGAGCCCAAGAAUCCAGCCGACUUGAUCGAUCCUUCUCUUCGCGAACAAAGAGCUCCUGUGGCUCAAAUGACGCUCCCAGGUGCCCAGCAAGCAAAGGACAUACGUCAACAAUUGCCUUCUAUCGACCAUACCUCCAAGACAACCGGAAACAACAAGACUGCGAAGGUGAAUCCACCGAACGAGGACAUAGAGGCUGCAAAGCAACUCAGUGAUCUCAAAAGUCAAUCUGUGCCCGCAAGGCCAGUUUUCCGCAAAGACCCGUUAGAGGCUGCUCCAAACGCUAGCGCCCUGCCCCAAGAGACAAACGAACAACAACCCACUACUGAGGAUACUACUGAGAACGAUCGAAUCGCCAGCUGGGUAUCACAGCAAGCCCAAACAGCCCAGACAGAGAAGGACAUCGUAGACCCAACAGGAACCUGGAAACUCGCCUGCGAAGCCAUCACCGAACAACUUGGCGAAAUGGCUUCAUCAUCCGAUCUAAGCCUAACAAUCCACCUCGAGCCAACUCGGCCCCAAAGUGACAACGACAUCGACGACGAAAACCCGGCCACAAUCUCCGACGACGACAUCCCCGAAUCCGACCUCACAGAAACCCAAAAAGGACGUCUUGGAACAUAUCAACUCUGGGCUACUUUCAAUAUGGGUCUCUUCCAUGGCAUCAUCCGCUUCAUGUCCCCGACAACCCUCAGAACAACUCCUACCCAACGCUCCUCCUUCGAUCUCCUUCCCUCACAACUGCCUUCGCCUGAAAACCGCACUUUCCAAUAUAAAUGGCGCGGCCGCGAGACUUCAGAUUCGGUGAUUGCAAUCGAGGCUCAGGAUGCAACUCAGUUUAUCCGAUUCGAGGAAGACGGUGUCAAGCUGACUGGUGUGUUUGAGUGCGAGUAUCUGGGCGAGACUGGAUUCGAGGGGCAGAAGAUUGGCAAGGGAGAGGUUGCGAAGGAGCAUUUGGGCAAGGCGUGGAGCCAGUUGAGCCCUCAGGCCCAUGAGAUGGAAGAUCAAAAAAGGCAAUGUUGCCAUAGUUGUUGA